AAUAUAAGGAUUAAAUAAGAUCUUUCAUAAGGAACACUGAGGUGGGGUUUAAAUAAUUUUUUCUGCCCCUUCCCAGUCCCAUGGUUAAUUGGACAUGUGAGAAACACAGCAGUCUGAUUUUCUGCCUGAAAUUGGCAAGCUGAAGUCCCACUGGAGUACAACAGGCUGCUAAAUCAAACUUCAGAUUAGAAUUGAGAUGUUGCCCAGCAGUGGAGAUGUGAAGAUUUUGGAUGUGUCCAGGCUGACAGAUGAGGAAGCCAAGCAUGUGUGCCAGGUGAUCCAGAGAGACUUAAACCUGCGAAAGAAAGAAGAGGACAGAUUAGGGGAACUGAAGACCAAAAUAAUGAAAGAGGAUACAAAGAGAGAACUUCUGGAAUAUCAGCCUAAACUCAGUGAUUCCCUCUGCAUCCGCUGUCUACAUCCUUUCAAAUUCCUUAUCAAUAGCAAGCGCCUCUGUCUGGACUGUAAGCUUUCUGUCUGCAAGUCCUGCAGCCGAUUUAACAAAAAGGAUUGUGGUUGGGUUUGUGAUGCAUGCCAUAUGGCCAGAAUCCAUAAGAUUGGCACACUGGAGUGGUUUCAUGAGAAUGUGCGCUCUCGCUUCAAACGUUUCGGCAGUGCAAAGGUCAUGAAUUUGCUUCUGAAACGUCUAACAAGUGAUCGUACCUGCUCUCAAACUGACCUAAGAGAGCCUCAAGACGAUGACACGCACAGCAUGCCUGAAGUUCACACUGGUUCUCUGUAUAGCCUGGAUGAUGAACAGUCUAAGAGUGCAGACAGACAUCACUUCAGCCUGACAAGAAAAGCCAGACGGUUGCUUCCUGUUGACCCUCUCGAUUUUAAUCUUGGCGUUGAGAAAUCUGAUUAUUCUCAGCCUGACUUCUUUAUGAAUGCAGGUAGCCAGGAGAAAAUCACUCAAAGUAGGGGCUCAGUAAAUGAAGAGAGCUGCAGCACAACCUUUAGGCAGACCCUGGAGAAUGGAAGUCAUGGCAGAAAUAAUGACAUGCUUCAGAUCAGCCAGAGAAGUCUGGACAGACAUUCUCAUUUUGAUGACUACACACACACCGAGCAGAGGAUGUCACAACCUCGUUCCCUCUCUAAAAUGAGUAUCUCCUCAGCGGGCAGCACUAACUAUUACCUUCACCGUGAGCUUUCUUACAGUCCGGAUGACUCAGAUGAGGACUCCGUCAUAUGCAGUCCUGCCCUUCAAAGGGAGCCUUUACCAGAUGAUGUUCCUCAGAUUAUUGAUCUCACAAAGCGUAUAUCAGCAAUCGAGACUUUUCUCAGCCGUCUGGAGCAGAAUAUGUUGUCAUCUGUGAGUGAGGGAACAACAAAACAGGCUGAACAACAUGAAGAGGAUCUAUCUGACCUAGAGGAGCUUGAGCUCAGGAAAAAACUUGAUGAACUUGCUGACAAAAUAAGUGACGAAGGUGUUUCUUCUGAUGAAGAUGAUGAUGUAAAAUCAGAAAAUUCUUCAGAAAAAGGAGCUGUUUACUCUUCUUCAAUCGCAUAUGGAUCUUCAACUGAACUUAGGCCUGUAAGACACAACUGGCCUGUUGAAACAGAAGAGUGGAAAGUAAAGCCGGAUGUGGAUAAAUCUUUUAAAAAGCAGAGGAGGCCGAGUCCCUUUGAUCUCUGUAACACUUCCAGCUGUGAGCUGUCACAACUGGAGAGUAAAGUAGCAAUGGCGGCAGCCAGUGUCCAGAGCACUCAAUGCGGGGUUACAGACAUUCAGAAAAGAAUGGCAGCUUUGAGCACUGCAAGGAUGACAGAGGUGACCUCCCGCAGACGAGCAAGUCUUCAGCCAUCAAAGGUGUUGCAUGAAUUUCCAAGGAACAUGAUGAUGAGGAGAAAUGUCUCUUUUUGCUUUCCUUAAAGGAGCCAGCAAUGAAACAAGAUCCUUCCGGAAGCUGAGCAUCAUGUGAAGCAAGCAUA